AUGACGAGCAUCUUCACGUAUGGUGCCAUGGGGAGCAACCCGUUGGCACAGAAGUACGGCCAGAUGGCGGCCACCGCAUCCCUUUGCGGCACGAAGAACUUCGUCUACACCAAGUGCCACGACGACCCUCACCCCUUUCCGCGUCAUCACCACCGCCAGAGUGACGUGCCAUGGAAAGACUCCUUCACGUGGAAUAGGCUCCGCUGGUGGAUGCACGACUUCCGCAUGUUUGGUCUAUGGGGUGCUAUCCGACGACACUAUUAUAUUGGCGAGCCAUGGCGGCGCAAAGACGAAAAGAUCUUUGUAGGUAAGGAUGAAAACGGAAACAAGUACUGGUUAGCCCGUCGUUCACAAGGCCACUUCCACGUGCGCAUGGUGGAGGCAGUAGAUCCGCACUGGUUCCGCGGCCAAGCCCCGCAUACAGCCUCCCCAAUGUGGUUGAAGUGGCUCCAGGGCAACGCGGCCCAUACCCCAGCGCAGGUGAAGGCAAGAGGCGAGUGGGGCCACAACUCACGCCUCGGUAUGCCGCUUCCCUUUAACAUCAAGUAUGACGAGUUUUCACCUAUAAAUGCUGGUGAAAUCUUUUCUCGUGACCCUAUGUGGGUGUCGGCGCCUGGUCUGCUAGUGAAUCCAGAGCGCCGCGCAUUAGAGGAAGCUGGGUACUCGCGCUGGGUAAUCAAUAAGGGUAUGCCACUUUACAUGCCCUUCUGUGGCGUGCACGAUUACCCAGAUGAGCUUGUGGAAGAGUACUAUAGGGGGCAGUGGGCCUUUGGCCGCGCUAGCAAAGGCAACGAUCAUGACGAAUGGAGAAACUGA